GGAAAAAUGUUGUGGAAGCAUAUGUGCAAUUACAGUCCUUGCGAAAGGCCGAGUAUUCCCUGAAGUGAUACAAGGCAUCAUAAACAUGUCUUCCUUACAAGAACUUCAAUGCCCCUCUGGCUCAGUGUAAAUGCACGGAGCCUAAAUGCAGAGGCUCGGGAUCCACAAGGAUGAACACACAACUUCAAUGCAUGGAAGAAAGAAACAUGUUGCUCCAGAAAAAAAAGCCCCCCAAACUUCAACGUCCUCUUCAACGCCAUUGAAUUUUCUGAGCCUCUCGUUACAUUGGACAACCCAAUAAUUCUCAUCCCAUGUUGCCUCAAACCACACCACUUUCACAACAAAAUUCUCAACUUUGCCAUCCAAACUAUUCUCUGGAUAAUGUUACCUAUACAAAAUUGGUCCAGUACUCUACCAAAACUGGGUCUUUAGUCCAUGGCAAGCUUGCUCAUGCCCACAUGGUAAAAACUUGUUUUAAGCCCUGCCUGUUUUUGUUGAACAAUCUUCUUAAUAUGUACUGCAAGCAUGGAGAAUUGGACAGUGCAUGCAAUUUGUUUGAUAAAAUGCCGAAGCGUAAUGUCAUUUCAUACAACUGCUUCAUAUCUGGAUAUACCCAGGUGGGUUUGUUUGAUAAGGCAAUGGGUGUGUUUAAUGAGGCAAGAAUGGCUGGUUUGAAACUUGAUAAGUUUACCUAUGCGGGUGCUUUGUGUGUGUGUGCGGUCAAACUUGUGACAUUGAGCUAGGUAAGCUGGUUCAUGGCUUAAUAGUCCUUAGUGGGUCGGGCUCAGAUGUUGUUUUGUCCAAUUCUCUUAUGGAUAUGUACUCAAAGUGCAGCCGGGUUGAUCAUGCAAGGAUUUUGUUUGAGAAUUCUGAUAACUUGGAUGAUGUCUCAUGGAAUUCCUUGAUUGCUAGUUAUGCUCGAAUUGGUGCUAACAAGGAAACAUUGAGAACUCUGGUGAAAAUGCAUCAAUGUGGUUUCAGCUUGAAUACAUAUACAAUUUAGGGUGUUUUAGUAGAAUGAAAUGUGCUUUUGAUUUUCUGGUAUUCAGAAUGGAUGUGUGUAGAAUGAAAUGUGCUUUUGAUUCAUUGACUGGUGAUGCCAAAUUGGUAAGUGCUUAUAUCCACAAUGAUGAAGUGGGAUAUGAAGUUAUGAGCAUUGGACAAGAUGGGGAUUGGAGAGCCUUGAAACACCCAAACCAAGGCUUGUUGAAGAAAAAUGGCAAAUGGGCAACAAGAAGGCAAUUUUUUCUAACUGAUGAGGUUCAUGAUGGGGUUUAUUUUUGUUCUGAAAUUAUAACAGAUGGGGAAGAUUGGUGCUUGGAAGUCCAAACUCUCGAUCCGUGGAACGAGUGCUUCAUCACAACUACAUUGCCCCAAGGAGUUUUCAAUGGCUGCAAGAGAGUUUGGGUUUUCAACUGGAACCAACAUAUAGCUGUUGGAGAUAUUGUAGAGCAAGACCUUCAUGUCUUGGUGCUAGAAGACUUGAAAGAGCAAAAAUGGAGUGAAAAUAAGAUCAUUGUGCCAUUGAAAGUUUUGCAGCAUCAGCCACUUUUGGAUGAUCAAGUUCUCAUUCCUGUGAAGGCUGAUUGUGAUGAGCUCAAGCUGCGUUAUAAGGGAGGGAAGACUCUCUUUUAUGACAUGAACAAUGAGGUGAUUAAGAAGGUGGUGUAUAAAUGGUUUGACACCGAUCUUCUGGGAUUUUAUAAGCCAAGCCUUGUGAGUCUCAAGGGAAUGAGACAAGACGAGAGGGUACGACUCAGAAUGGGGAUUGAUUAGAGCAAUUGCAAUUAAUUUGGUGGUUGUUUAUGAUUAUGAAAUCACAUUUUUAUUUUAAAGAAGUUUGUUUGAACCCUCAG